AUGAGCUCUUCCUCGGUGCAAGUUCAACCGCAACCUUCCGGCGCCACAAAGGGGGUCACUUCCCCGACAGGCUCGACCCCCGGCUCCAUGAAUUUCGACAUUGUGCGCUGCUCUCGCUGUCAACGAUCUAUGAGUCUCGAAAACGAAUCCUCUCCCGGCGUGUGUGUUGUGUUGUGCUGUGCUGGUGCUGGUGCUGGUGCUCAAGCCACGCGCCGUAUGGCCGGGGCUGAGGAAGAAUAG